CUCCAACAAUACUGAUGUACACCAUUUAAGUUCCCCUAUCUAAUGCUCAAAACAAGGUAGGCUGAAGAUAAAAAGGGCCAUAGCAUAGCCAGCCAAAACCACCAUCCAAAAUCUCUCAUAUCUCUCUCCUAAACUCUCAUCGUCAAAGAAUGGCAACCACCGUGGAGGAUAUCACUGCCAAGGCUAAGAUGGUUUCCUUAGAGGCACUGACACCUAAAGAGGAGAAAGUGAAUGGCCCUGAAUCAAAUAAGAUUGCCGAUGGUGAGAUGGGGAAAGCUGAUGAAGAGCCACAAAUGGGCAAGAAAGAUGACGUGCCGGUUGAGACUGAACCCAAGACCGGGGUCUCCUUUCCGAUUAAGUUGGAUGAUGGGAAGCAGUUGAAUGCGGUUGGGUUGAGGAAAAAAAGCGUGCUUGGCAUCGGCAUCAAAAUCUAUGGCUUCGGAAUAUAUGCAGAUAAUGAGACACUGAAAGAUCUUCUGAGGACAAAAAUUGGGAAAGCACCAACAAAACCUACCAAGGAAAUGUACCAACUGGUAAUUGACAGUGAUGUAGGAAUGCUGGUGCGAUUGGUAAUGGUGUUUUCCAACCUCACAAUGAGCAUGGUAAGAAAGAACUUUGAUGAAGUUCUUGGAGCAUCUAUCAAAAAGCUCACUGGUGGAAAGAAUGACGAGCUCACAAAGAAGGUUAUGGGUGAAGCUUCAGAUGACAUAAAGCUGACAUGUGGUUCAAUAAUUGAGAUUUCUCGGCUUCCAGGAUACAUUCUCCAAACAAAAGUGAUGGAUGAAGUUGUGAGCAAGGUUGAAAGUGAACUCCUAUGCAGGGCCUAUACCCACAUGUAUCUUGGAGAUGAUCCUUUUGACAAGGAAGCAAAAGAGAAAUUUGGAAUGACUCUGCUUUCUCUCUUCUAAACAGAAAACUCUUGGCAACUUCUAGGUUUGUGAGGAAUAAGGCCUACUACAUCUACUUUGUAGUGGCUGAACUUUUGUUCAAUAAAAGGGUGAUAACAGGAGAGUGGUUGGUUUCCAUUACUAAAUCUAAGUGUCAUCAAUCCCGCUACUAUAUGUUUGGAACUCACACAUGCAUAUAUUUACUAUGUGAGUAUAUAUAACAAAUAUCCAUCAACAAUAAAA